AUGGUUCACUACAAGCUCACCUAUUUCAAUUCGCGCGGAUUGGCCGAAGCCACCCGCGAUAUGUUCCAUCUGGCCGGCGUCGAGUUCGAGGAUAUUCGGAUGAAUCAUGAAACUGAUGAAUGGGCAAAACUCAAGCCACACACCCCAUUCGGACAAGUUCCAGUCCUUUCUGUUGAUGGAUUCGAAAUUCCACAAUCGGCUGCGAUUGCGAGAUAUGUGGCCCGAAAAUUCGGAUUCGCUGGAAAAAACCACGAGGAAGAAGCUUGGGUUGAUGCGUUCAUCGAUCUUUUCAAGGACUUUGUAGGAGCUGUGCGAGAGCUUGCUCUUGCAAUUCGAGAGAAGAAACCCAAUGAAGUCAUUGAGAAAUUACGAAACGAGACCUACAAACCCGCCGAGGAGGUAUAUUUCGCCAAUCUCAAAAAACAUCUCGCUAAGGGCAAAUCAGUAUUCCUUGUCGGGGAUAGCGUGACAGUCGCUGAUCUGUUCGUAGCUGAAAACUUGUUCACUCUUGAGAAAAAUCAUCUGAUUGAUUUGACAAAAGAGCCCGAGUUGCUGAAAUACAAGAACAAGAUCUUUUCGCUGCCAAAACUCAAGGAAUGGAUCGAUAAUCGACCAGACACACAAUUUUAA